AUGGCUGAGGCGCGAUUGGGACAGGAUAAGGAUGGAAAUGAGGUGCGUACUGAUUUUGCUCAAUUCCUCACGGCUAAUGUGCAAUGUAACAGUAACCUAAGACAAGGUAUGAGUUCUAUCCCCCCUAUUCUGCGAUCUAAUACUGUGAUAAGAAAUUUUGAAAAUUCCUUUAAAGAAACAGAUCAGGGCAGUGGGAAAGUUAAGAUUACUCUUGAUGAUAUUGAAGAGGAGGUUCUGUUUUGGAAGCCCUCAAUGGUAUGCUACGUGCUUGGAGUUAAUCCUCCACUACAUGUUCUUGAGGGUUUUGCAAAAAGAGUGUGGCAGGAUAAGGUUGAUAGAGUGAAACUUUUGUCCUAUGGUAUCUUCAUCAUUCGGUUUCAUUCUACUGAAUAUAGAGAUCAAGUCAUUAAUGGGGGUUAUGUCUUUUUUAACCGAAGGCUAGUUAUCAUGAAACCUUGGGAUCCUAAUGUCAACUUUAAGAAAGAGGAUGUGCAAUGUGUUCCAAUUUGGGUGCAAUUAGAGGAUUUAGAACUGAAGUAUUGGGGCCAAAAGUCACUCUUUAAGAUAGUUGGGCAAUUAGGCAAACCUCUCAUGGAAGAUUCUAUUACUAGGGAAAGGGAAAGAUUGAAUUAUCCUAGGGUGCUAGUGGAGGUUAUCAUGGACCAACAACUACCUGAUAUGCUAGAAUUCGAGAAUGAAUAUGGGAUGAAUACAUCGGUGGGGGUUAAGUAUGAAUGGAAGCCUAUAAGUUGCUCUCAUUGUUCGGGAAUUGGUCACUUAGCUGCUGAAUGUAAAACAACUGCACCGACCAAACAACAAUGGAUUGUUAAAAAGGAUAAUAGGAAGACCACAGACAUUGAUGAAGAUGGGUUUAUUAGAGUAUCAAAAGGGAAGAAGGUUGAUAAGCCUGAACAGACUCAGGAGUUCCCAGCAGUAACAACAACCAACUCUUUUCAAGCUCUCAGUAUGGAAAAACAGUUGGGAAAUAGGGGGGAAUUUGGAAUAAGCCUACUUCAAGCCGAUAGGGGGAUUAUGGAUGACACAAGAGGGGGGGGGGGGAGAUCCCUCUCUUUCAAAUGGAUAAAAUGCUUUGUUGGAAUGUCCGAGGAGCUAACAAUCAAUCUAAAGAACAAUCAAUAA